CCGCCCCGGACACUGCUGAUUCAGACAGUCCGUGUUGCAGUGAGGUCGAGUGAAGAGAGGGGCCUGUCAGAAAAUCUAACUGUGGCUGCUGCGUCGUAUUCACCGUACCCAUACCAGACAACUCUAACGUUACAUUAAAUAUGUAUAUUACGAUCUGCUGUCAAAAGCUACAGGUUAUAAUGCAUGACCAACAUAGAAAAAGUUUGACUCUAUAGCCAACGGGUUCCCGAGGACUUGAUUACGGUCGCUUCAAGCCUGAUAGUUUGCAUUGGUGCGGUUGCCCCCCCUCACCUCCUGGUUCACACCCCUCUGGUCCACUAGCAUUGCUUCUGACAGCCCCGUUCUCCUCUUCCAUUGAUCAAAAGAGGCUCUGCCCCCAAUAUUCAACAGUGACGAUGAUUCCCAACGGUUAUCUAAUCUUUGAAGAUGAAACUUUCCUGGAUUCCACUGUGGCCAAGAUGAAUGCCUUGAGAAAGAGCGGACAGUUCUGUGACGUGAGACUGCAGGUAUGUGGUCAUGAGCUGAUGGCUCACCGUGCCGUUCUGGCCUGCUGUAGCCCCUACCUGUUCGAGAUCUUCAACAGUGACCUUGAACCUCACGGCGUGUCCCACGUCACCUUUGAAGACCUGGACCCAGAGGCUGUGGAGAUCCUUCUGAACUACGCCUACACAGCCCAGUUGAAGGCAGACAAGGAGUUGGUCAAGGAGGUCUACUCUGCUGCCAAAAAGCUAAAGAUGGAACGUGUCAAGCAGAUCUGCGGUGACUAUCUACUGUCUAAGAUGGACUCCCAGAGUGCCAUUUCCUUCCGUAACUUUGCCAGCUGCAUGGGAGACGGCCGUGUGCUCGCCAAGAUUGACGCCUAUAUCCAGGAACACCUGCUGGAGGUCUCGGAGCAGGAGGACUUCCUAAAACUUCCCCGCCUAAAGUUAGAAGUAAUGCUUGAAGACAACCUAAGCCUGCCCAGCAACGGCAAACUCUACUCCAAGGUGCUCAACUGGGUCCAGCGCUGUCUGUGGGAGAACGGAGACAAACUGGACAGACUGAUGGAGGAGGUGCAAACGCUGUACUACUCAGCUGACCACAAGCUGCUGGACGGCGCCCUCGUCAUUGAGGGUCACGGGGUGUUCGGUGUUAGUGCAGAGGAGGACCACAACCAGUUUGUUCAGAAGAAUCCCCCUCGUGAGAACAGCAACACCCCGAGACCACAGAGCACAAGUUCCUCCGGCAGCACCUCGCCUUCCCCUUCCAACACGCCGAAAUCCUGCAGGAGAGAGUGGAAGUACAUCGCUUCCGAGAAGACCACAAACAAUACAUACCUGUGCCUGGCCGUGCUGGACGGCCUGCUGUGCGUGAUCUUCCUGCACAGCCGCGGCUCCCCCCAGGGUUCCCCUUCCGCCACCCCCUGCCUGAUGAAGAGCCUGAGCUUCGAGGCCCAGCCUGAGGAGUCAGAAGAACAACCGCUGACCGCCAUGCACUACGCCCGCUCUGGCCUGGGCACGGCCGCGCUGCACGGAAGGCUCGUCGCCGCGGGAGGUUAUAACCGCGAGGAGUGCCUGAGGACCGUGGAGUGCUACGACCCCAGAGACCACCGCUGGUCCUUCAGCGCCCCCAUGCGGACUCCCAGGGCUCGCUUCCAGAUGGCCGUGCUCAUGGGUCAGCUGUACGUGAUGGGAGGCUCCAACGGCCAGUCUGAUGAGCUGAGCUGCGGGGAGACUUACGACCCGCACACCGACACGUGGGCUCAGGUGCCCGAGCUCCGGACCAAUCGCUGCAACGCUGGCGUCUGCGGGCUGGACAACAAGCUGUUCGUGGUGGGAGGGUCGGACCCCUGCGGGCAGAAAGGACUGAAGAACUGUGACUCUUUUGACCCUGUGACCAAGACCUGGAAAAACUGUGCCCCCCUGAACAUCCGGAGGCACCAGGCUGCAGUGUGUGAGUUGGACGGCUUUAUGUAUGCCAUCGGAGGUGCCGAGUCGUGGAACUGCCUGAACACGGUGGAACGCUACAAUCCUGCCAACAACACUUGGACACUUAUUGGCCCCAUGAACGUGGCCCGCAGGGGAGCCGGGGUGGCGGUCUACGAUGGGAAGCUUUUUGUGGUCGGCGGAUUCGACGGCUCCCAUGCGCUGCGUUGCGUCGAGGCCUUCGACCCAUCCCGUAACGAGUGGAGGAUGCUGGGCAGCAUGACGGUGGCGCGCAGCAACGCGGGCGUGGCCGUGCUUGGCGACGUCAUCUGCGCCGUGGGGGGCUUCGACGGAAACAAUUUCCUGAACACCCUCGAGGUGUACCGCCCUGAGACGGACGAGUGGAGCGACUGCGCCAAGGCCCUCUGCUUCACCGCCUGAGGGGUCAGGGGUUAAAGGUCAAGGAGGUGGCGUUACAUGAGUUACUUUCCCAAACUAACAGGCUUAGUGAUGUAAUCGUGUUUCGUGAUGUUUAGUUGGUGGGGGGGGUGGGGGGGUUGGCCGGGGGUCUUCAGUGAAGACUGGAUUAUUUGUGUAUGGUGGGGAGGGUUGCCAAAAGCAACAUUAAGCCUUUGCAUAUUGCAUACAAUCAUUUGUGCUAUAGUUUUUCCCUUUAUUUCCUGUCUUAAGAAUGCCAACAUUUAAUACAUUUAGUGCAAACAAUGUUUUUUGAAAUUUCUUUUUGAAAGGUUUGUGUGUUGUUGAGGGUUGUCAGUGAUGACACUUCUAUUUUGGUCAGUUCAAGACCUUUGACCUACUGAUUUGGACAGGAUAGGUGAAGAAAAUGUUAGGUUGACUUGAUUUAGAAAGUUAUAUCAUUUAAUUUGAACUGUCAUUUUAGCUCACAUUUUAAAAUCUGCAGUAUUCAGAGAGUAACUUCUAUUGUGGCUUUUUUGUAUCAUUUUAAACUCAAGCUGGGUUGCUUGAUGAAUCUUUAAUGAUGGCCUUUUUUAUAUUUUUAUACACUGCUGAUUUAUCAAUAGAGGAUGUAGCAGACGCACAUGACAACUCUGUCAAACUUGAGUGCCAGUUUAGUAAUUACAUAUCUCACACACAACCAAGCUUCUGUGCUUGUUCUGCUAACCAAAUCUUUUGUUACUGCAUUUUGACUAAUUCACUAUUAAAGAGAAGCUGUUUUCUUUUCCUUGUGUUGUUUUAAAAAUGGUUCAAACAUUUGGCUUAGAAUUUCUGGAGAGAGAAAUGUAGAAAGCGCUGUAUCACAUUUGUAACAACUUGAUAUUUCUUAAUAAACCAUUUCAACCCGA